AUGUCGUCCAAGACUAUACGAAAAGACUCGCUUCAAAACAUCCCCCUUUCCUAUGCAUCCUGCUCUAUAGGAUGCACCGACGAUGAUACGCUCCCUCGAAAGCUCGAGGCAAUCAGUAAAGCUGGCUUCACUGCGAUUGAGCUCGCCUUCCCAGACAUAGUGUCGUAUGCCUCCCAGAAACUGGGACGUCAGAUCGCGUCCGAUGACUACACCCAGCUUGUCGAUAUCGCAAAAGACAUUCGAAAAUUAUGCGAGGAGAAGAGGCUCGAGAUUAUGAUGCUCCAGCCGUUCUCCAAUUUUGAGGGCUGGCAACGGGACUCCAAAGAGAGAGCGGAUGCAUUUAAAAGAGCGGACGGCUGGAUAGCCGUCAUGCGAGCCCUCGGGACCGACAUGUUGCAGGUUGGAUCAACAGACACGCCUUUGGACUCUCUGUCGGCCACCCGCGAAAAUAUCAUCACCGACCUGCGCUCGCUAGCGGACAAGCUCGCGCAACACAACAUGCGACUAGCCUACGAAAACUGGUGUUGGUCCACCCACGCCCCUACCUGGAAGGACGUCUGGUCCAUCGUGAAAGCCGUGGACCGUCCAAAUAUCGGGCUGUGUCUGGAUACCUUCCAGACUGCUGGGUCAGAAUGGGGCGAUCCGACCACUUCCACAGGGAGAGUCAGAGAUCUGCCGGAAGAAACGCUGAAUGCGCAGUUCGCCGACAGCAUGACUGAGCUCGCGCGUACCAUACCCCCCGAGAAGAUCUACCUACUGCAGAUCUCCGAUGCGUACCGACCGUCGUCGCCGAUUGAGGACCGUCGUGUGGAUGGGAUGUGGCCGCGCGCGCGGUGGAGUUUUGAUUUCCGGCCGAUGCCGGGAGGUGGUGGAUAUUUGCCUAUCGUGGAAGUUGGUCGUGCCGUAUUGCAGACCGGAUUUCGUGGGUGGUUCUCGAUGGAGAUCUUUGAUAGUGGGCCAGAGGGCAAGGGAAAGAAGUAUGAUAUGGGGGAAUACGCCAGAGAGGCUAUGGGGACUCGAAACUAUCGGCUCGACGCCAUCGCAUUCCAACGGGCUCGUGCGAGCUUCAAAGACCUGCUUCAUGAGGCAUGA